AUUCAGUAAGUUUUAGCAAUUCGUUCGAGAGAGACGUGUUUUAGCUUUUGUGACAAAAUUAACAUGGCCGAUAGUUAUAAUAAAGAUGAACUUGAAGCUCCGGGAUGGUUGAAUAAACCGUUUUUUGAAGGAGUUUUGAAAAAAUGUGAAAAUACCGAUGUGAUUGUGGUCAAUGAUAUUAAAAUGUCACCAGCAACAGCCAAAGGUGAUCACUAUGCUAGUGUUAUGUUUCGAGCAACCUUAAACUAUGAUUCGAAAACCGCAAAAGGAUUGACCAAAUCUUUAAUUAUUAAAACUAUGCCUCAAGUUGAAGGACAUAAGAUGGAUUUUUUGAAAGAAUCGUACAUUUUCGAAACUGAAAUUGCCAUGUAUUCAAAAACGAUUCCAAUGUUCGAAGCAGAAUUAAGGAAAAUCGGUGAUAACACAAUUUUGGGAGCUAAGGCACUAUAUCAUUCACUAACACCCCAAAAAUGUAUUAUAUUUGAGGAUAUUGUUCCAUUGGGCUAUCAGACUUUGUCAACCAGAACGGCUGACAUGGAGCAAUCAAAAUCUGCUCUUUUAAAGUUGGCAAAGUGGCAUGCAGUUAGCUAUAAACUCGCAGCUGAGGGUGACACAUCUCUAACAGAUUAUAAACAUGGGAUUUUCAGCCUUAAAGAGUUCGAAACAAGUACUUUUGUUCAAAAUGGCAUGAAACAAUUUAUUGCAAAAUGUGAAACAAUCGAAGAACUCAAGCAGUACGUACCUAAGCUUCAAGCUCUUGAAAAGGAUCUAUUGAAGCGAUGUCACCAAUCAUUCGAGAGUUAUUUUCAACCCAAUGCCAAAGGGAUUUUUGUUCUUUGUCAUGGAGACUUUCACAGUAAAAAUAUGAUGUUCAAGAAGAAUAGCAAAGGUGAAAACGAAGAUGUCAUGUUGGUUGAUUUUCAACUUUGCUAUUUCGGACCUGCCAUUUUGGAUAUCAUCUAUGGAUUGUACACAAUUCUCACGGGAGAUGUUCGUAAAAAUCAUCUUGAAGAAAUAAUUCAUUAUUAUUCUUCCAAUUUCAUUGAAACACUUCACAAACUAAAUUUCAAAGGAAGUUUCCCUAAAAUUUCUGAAUUUUUUAUUGAACUUCUUCGUCAUUCGCAUUUUGAGAUCUUUAUGAUGUCCACAUUUUUACCAGUGUUUUAUGCAUUUGAAACAGAAGUGAUAGAUCCUGAAGAACUUAUGACUUCUGAAGGUGCCGGCAAAAGUCUCUAUAAUAAUGAACGCUACAUAGAAGACGUAAAACGUAUGCUACCGAUUAUGCAUAAUCGUGGUUAUUUAGAUUAAGUUGUUUUGUUAUUCUUAUAAAAAAGUUGUUUUGUUUUAAAUAAAUAGAUUAUUAUAAGCACAA